GAGACACGGGGCAGAAACCCGAUGCCCUCCAGCACACGCAGGUUUCUCAGAUGGAGAAAAAAACAACAAAGAGCGGUUCCACUUCUGCUGAGUGAGUUCUGAAUGAGAGUGUGUCGGGAGGAAGAUACAAGAGAGGAAGAUCUGGAGGACGCUGGGACCAGCAGGUAGCGGUCGGCGGCGGCAGCAUGUCUCUGUCAGGUGACCUGACCUGGCUCCACAGCAGCGGGGGGGAGGAGCGCGAGGCUGCACUGGCACGGCUGGAGAAGCAGCUCACGUGUCCCAUCUGCAUGGAGAUCUUCAACAAGCCGGUGGUCAUCCUGCCAUGUGAGCACAACCUCUGCAGGAAGUGUGCGAACGAGCUCUACCAGCCCUCUUUGUUCCAGGCGCGGACCACCAUGCUGGUGAACAGCGGCCGUUUCCGUUGCCCCUCCUGCAGGCACGAGGUGGUGCUGGAUCGCCACGGGGUCUAUGGCCUCCAGAGGAACCUGCUGGUGGAAAACAUCAUCGAUAUCUACAAACAGGAAAACACCAGAGCAGCCAGCCCUGUCUCUCCUCCACCACUUCCUGCAGAGCUGUCGUGCUCCGAUCAUGAGGGCGAGAAGGUGAACAUCUACUGCCUCACCUGUCAAGUUCCCACCUGUUCUCUCUGCAAAGUGUUUGGGGGUCAUCAGUCCUGCCAGGUGGCUCCUCUGACGGACGUUUUCCAGAAGCAGAAGGAGGUCCUGGGUGAAGGAGUCACAUCUCUGGAAGCUUUCAGUGAAAAACUGAGGACUCACAUCAGUGAUCUUCAGGAGACCUGCAGACACAUCGAGGAGAACUCCAAGACUCAGAAACAGAUCGUGUGUGAGAAGUUUGACCGAAUGGUUUCCAUCCUGAACGACAGACGUAAGGUGAUGAUGCAGCAAAUCAGUAACGAGGAAGACGAGAAAACGCGUCACACCCGGAUGCUGCUCCGUUGCUAUGGCGACAGCGUGGAGGCCAACAACAAACUGUUGGAGCGUGCUCGGAGCAGCUCGGAGGAGCUGGACAUGGCGGAUUUCAUUCAGAACUCAAGAGAACUCUGCACAAAGGUGAAAACGGCGAGCGGGUUGUGUCCGCCUGAGCCGCUGAAGCUGUGCUAUGAAAAUCUGAGCACCUACAGGUUCAGUUUCAGCGAGCAGGAGCGAGCUCUGAGGAGUCUGGACUUCAUCAAAGCUGCAGAGGAAGUUCCCAAAGAACCAAAGACGGAUCCAGAACCAGAUGAACCCGAAGAACCUCCAAUCCAGACGGACAAACAAGAACAAGAGAAAAUCUCAACUGAAAGCCAAGAAUCCUUCUCAGAACUCUGCCACCAGACUGAGCCACUGCAACCUCCUCAGACAGGUGGAGAAGAAGAAGGAGAGGCUUCCACCCCUCCUGCACCUGUGGAGGGCUCUGCGGGGCCGGGUGGAGGUCAGGAUGGAGGGCUGGGUGGAGGUCAGGAUGGAGGGAAGGAUGGAGGGAAGGAUGGAGGGCCGGAUGGAGGGCCGGAUGGAGGUCAGGAUGGAGGGCCGGAUGGAGGUCAGGAUGGAGGGCCAGAUGGAGGGCAGAUGCAGGACGUGCAGCCACAGCCAGAGGCAGGACUGGAGCAGAUUCAUGAGGAGAGGAAGAACGAGGAGGAGGAGGAGGAGAGGGAGGAGGCCCAGCAGGUGGAAGAGCGACCCGUUCUUCAUCCUGUAAAAACGGAGGCCAUCAGUGAGCAGCAGGGAGGCAUGGAAACACGAGAGGUUGCUGUUCUGCUCUUCUACCUGUUCGCCCUCCUGGUCAUCCUGCAGAGGGUCUGGGCUUACGUCGGCUUCUUAUUCUGAAGCCGUCCUGUCGUCUCAGCUCCUGGAAACUCCCUGGCUUCAUCCACCGAGUCAACAGAUUCGUUUACAAAAACAUCUGUGGGUGUUUUUCCCUCAGGACAAGUCCUGGAGAAGUGACUUUUCUUAGAGAUGAAUAUAAUGAAACUGAGAGACUUGAAGGAAUGUUUGUGGAUUUGUUCCCCGGUGAUGUCGGGGUUUUUUGGAAAGUGUCUUCAUAACAGAAGAAUGUUCAGGCCAACAUAACUGGGCAGGUGUGGUGCGUUCAAGAACGUCUUUUAGCAUAUGGAGUUCACACAGGUCUGUCACCACCCAGUACUGAUGCAUGUGCACACAGUCGGAAGAGGUGCUGCAAAGUCUCAACGUGGUGCUAAUCUCACGGAUCUGAAUCCAGGCUUUUUCUUUCACAGUUCUGUUCUGAUAUUACAUGAAUGAAUGAAAAGGGCAGAAUGGUAGAAACGUAUUAUCUCUUUCAUGAUCACGUUUACAACGGUUGAAAAAGACACCAUGCACGUUUCUGCCAAAUCCAAGUCCCUGAUUGAUCACAGUUGAAUAUUUUCUGUGAGACAGAAGUUGAACUAGUUGAACUUCUAUCUCAAUCAAUGAACACCCGGUCUGUACAUAGAGCCCGAGAACGGACUCAAAACGAUGCGGUCGUCUUGAACGCAGCCUGACUGCAGGUUUCCAUGGAUUUGCAUAGACUUUUCAUUGAAAGUGCUGCAGGUGUUCAUGUACCUGGAGAGUUUUGGACACAGGAAGUAUGCAUGUUUACAAAGACUUUCAUUAGUAACAGUCACUUGAAUGCAGGUUUCUGAGCCCGGUUUGAACGUAGCGUAAGAGUUGUAUUUUCUGACAGAUUUUACAGGAGAAUUCAAUGAGAUAGCAGGAGUCGCGUUUGUAUUUGAGACUUCUCAGUGAUGUAGAUUUUUUAUGAAGCUUGUUUGUUUGUGUCAGGACUGGUUGGGUGUAAAUGUGGAUACACUUAUGAGAUUUCCUUCUCAAAUCAACAGUGUGAAGUCUUUGUACAGUGCACCUUAAAAACAACAUUUUAGUUCAUUCAUUCAUCUUCUCCCUUUAGUGGUCGCGGGGGUGCUGGAGCCGAACCCGGCUACUGAUGGGUGAAGGCAGGUUACACCUGGGCAGGUCACCAGUCUGUCACAGGGUCUCAAGCACACACACAUUCACACCUAGAGGGAAUUUAGAGUCAAUGAAGCUAUGAGGCAUGUUUUUGGAUGGUGGGAGGAAGCCACUAGAGGGAGCAAAGGAAAAGAAAAACUGGCUUAAAAAAAGAAAAAAAAUGAACAGCAUUUCUCUGCAAACACUGGGUAGGAUGCAGUUUGGUUCCCUGCCAGCCUCACUGCUGUUAAGCUGCUAUAAAAGAUAUCAGAGUGACUCCACAAUUACCAAAAUGUCAAAGAGAAGAAAGAUUGACAGGGAGUGCCGAGCUUUCCAGGAAAAUGGGCUAAAUAAAAACAAAGCUACAGAUAACAAGAUGUCCAGAUGUUAUCUUGCUUUUUUGCUCAUAGUUACUCCUUCUUCUGGAUUAAGGUGUAAUCCUGUAGCAGGAUCACCACAUCUAUCCUCAUUCAGAUUUAAAAAAAAUGUUUUAUUAAGAUUUCUAGGAGUCGUGGUAAAUUUGAAAUGUUUACAGAUCACAAAUAAGGAACUCUGAUGCUCAAAGUAUGCUUUGUCUUGGUUAAAAGUUCUCUGAGGGUUAAAUGUAGUAAAACUCAUCACCUCUCAUUGAGUGAUUUGGUUUAAGCAUUUUACUUUUUGUUUUUUUAGUAAUAAACAAUAAGUUAUUUGACAAUA